AACUAUUUAUAAUUGCCUAAAUUUUAUUUGAAACAGUUCGAUUACAGAGUGGCUACUGACACAUGCAGUGCGAGUGUGGGGCCAGCCAUGUCAUUUGACACAAGAAUCCAAAUGAAUGGCCUCCCCAUUAGUGUUUACGCACCAGAGACCGUUGGAUGUGUUGUUGUUGAUAGCAGCGGUGGCUGCGCAGCUACCACGUCGUCAGGCGGGCUAAUGAACAAAAAAUGUUGCCGCAUAGGUGACUCACCUCUAAUUGGUGCGGGAACAUAUGCUUGCGAUCUAUGCGCAGUCUCCUGUACGGGUGAGGGCGAGGCGAUAAUCCGUGCGACACUCGCACGUGACGUGGCGGCGAUUAUGGAAUAUAAAGGGUUGGCUUUACAGAAGGCAAUUAAUUAUGCCAUUAAGGAGAGAUUAGAUGGAGGAAAAGCUGGGGCUAUUACUGUGAGUAAAGAUGGGGAAGUGGCUUAUGGGUUUAAUUCAAAUGGAAUGUUUAGGGGAUGUGCUACUGAGGAUGGAUUUAUGGAAGUGGGGAUAUGGGAGUGAUUAAUAAAUUAGUUAAUUAAUGUGUUUGUUAAUCGAUUUAAUGGAGCUGGGAAUUUAGGAGUGAGUGAUUAAUGAGUGUUGAUUAAUUACCCUUAAUGUGUUAAUCCACCUUGUAAGCUUUGUUUAAUUUAGUGAUGGUUGUGAGGUAAUUAUAAAAUGAUCUUUUUUUUUUUACAUAUAUACAUAUUAUCCACAUGAUGAACUUGAUGAUAAGUGUAUUACCAAGUAUCCAACUCUUAUGAAUCCAGGGAAGAAUGAUGCGAUGCGUUAUAAGGACUACAAGAAUACUUAAACCUCAUCAUUAUCGUUCUUUAUUAUUUUAUCUCCACUACUUUAUGUUUUAGUUUUAAUCAUUUUCUUAUAUUUUUAGUAUGUUAGUACUUUAUAAUGUUUAGGCUUAUAAAGAAAGAAGAUGAAAUAAACUACGAGAAAGAAAAGAUGAAAGACAAUUUUCUUCUCUAUCCUGCUAUUUCCUAGAUAAAUUUUUACGUGCUAUAGAAUAAUAUACUUUUGAACACACUGUGUACACUCACCUAUAUGGACGUAACUCUACAUCCAUACUCUGCAUGUAUUAAUUUUUCUUCUUCUUGGCAGUGGUGGUUAGUUCAACAAAAAAAAUUGUUACACUAGAAAUUAUUUGUUAUUCAUAUAUAAAAAAUCAUAAUGUUAAAAAAGCAUACAUAUAUGAUAUCUUAAUGCCCAUCAUUUAAGCAACUUCAAUCAAUUGAUAAUCUUUAAGCUCACAUGCUAGUGAUGGAUGAUAUAUCAUAUUAUCAACAUCAUUAAAGAAAAUCACUACACUACUAUAAGAAGAAAGUCUAUUUUAGGGUAACAUCAACUUUGUUUGCGACAACUUUAAACCACUAUUUUUCCUUGAUUUUAAGAAUUUUUUUUAUACAAAAAUAUAGUUUUACAAAGCAAUAAGAAAGUCAUCCCAAACAAAGCCUUCAACUAUAAAUUUAUGGGUAUAACUAAAGUCAAGAAACCUUUCCACUAUUCCCGAUUGGUGUUAGCCUAAAUGGAUCAUCAAACAUUUCUAUACAAGAAGAUAUGACCCCUAAUAAAUUGGUUUAACACUCCAUAUUCAAACACAUCUUACAAACAUCAUAGCAUGGCCUUUUAAAACGAAUCAUCAUUGUGGGAUGAUUCUAACAUACAACAAACUUUAAAUUAAUGAAAAAAAAAUACAAAUCUAUUCAAUCUAUCAUUGGCCUCUAAAUAGUUUCCAAUACACAGAUUCAUUAUCUACUUCUCUAAUUUCCAAUACACAGAUUCAUUAUCUACUUCUCUUUGUGUAACAUAAUUGCUCUCUCUCAGAUUGAUGUCAAUAUCAGCUACUCUUCCAACUUCAAAUAUCAUCAUCCGCUACAUAAGUUGCUUUACUAAAACUCCUCAACAGUGAGCCCCAAGAGAACAACUUUACUUGCAAACUCUUCGGCUCUUUAAAAUUCUGAAGAGUUGCCCUCAAUGAGUGAGUGAGCCACACAAAGGACAGUGAGCAAAUGAGUUUCCAACCUCUUUAAAGUUUCCUAAUAGUGGCUCACACUGAACGAGUCCCACGAAUUCUGAUAAAUAAUGAACAUUUUAAUUCAUCAAAAGUCCCCAAAAGCGCUUCCAACAACAAGCCCAAAGAGGUAGAUAAUAAAAUAAAUUCCUAAACUUUUUAUAAGUCCUUAAAAUGA